AUGUCUCUGAAGGCUGUCACCCUCGCUCUGGCACUUCUCGCCAUCACAGGGGCCCAUGCAGAUGUCAGUGCCCAGCAGGUGGCCGAUGUGGUCUGGAAUUACUUCACCCAGCUGACCGGCAAUGCCAAGGAGACGAUGGAGCAGAUCCAGCAAUCUGAAAUCAGCAAGCAGCUCAACACCCUCUUCCAGGACAACCUCCAGAAUGUCAACUCCUACGCGGGGGACCUGCAGAAGAAGCUGAUCCCCUUCGCCACCGAGCUGCAUGCCAAGCUGAGCCAGGACUCGGAGAAGCUGAAGGAGCAGAUCCGGCAGGAGCUGGAGGACCUGCGCCUCAAGCUGUCCCCUUACGCCGACGAAGUGCACCAGCAGAUCAGCAAGAACGUCCAGGCGCUGCAGCUGAAGCUGAGCCCUUAUGCCGAGGAGCUACGUGGCCAGGUCAACCAGAAUGCGGAUUUGCUGCGCCAGCAGCUGGCCCCCUACGCCCAAGAGCUGCGGGACAAGCUGCAGGAGAACGUGGACGGCCUCCAGGCAUCCCUGGCCCCCUAUGCCGAGCAGCUCCAGCAGCAGAUUGACAAAAACGUGGCGGACAUGAAAGAGAAGCUGGCGCCCUUGGCCGACGAGCUCCAAGUCAAGCUAGACCAGAACGUGGAGGAGCUGCGCCAGCAGUUGGCCCCCUACGCCCAGGACGUGCAGGACAAGCUCAAUCGCCAGCUCGAGGGCCUGUCCUUCCAGAUGAAGAAGGGUGCAGAGGACCUGCGGGCCAAGCUUUCGGAGAGCGCGGAAGAGCUGCGCCUGAAGCUGAACCCUUAUGCCGAGGAGCUGAAGGAGAAGCUGCGCACGGAUGCCGAGGGCCUGCGCCAGUCCCUGGGCCCCUACGUGGAGGGCCUGAGUGAGCAGAUGGAACAGAAGAUUGAGGAGUUCCGCCAAACCGUGGGCCCCUACGGGGAGGCCUUCAACAAGCAGCUGGUGCAGAAGGUGGAGGAGAUGAGGCAGAAGCUGGGCCCCUACGCUGGGGAAGUGGAGGAUCAUCUCAGCUUCCUGGAGAAGGACAUGCGGGACAAGGUCGCCUCCUUCUUCAGCACCAUCAAGCAGAUCGAAAACUGA